AAGAAACUACAUAAAUAAAUAGGAAGGCAAAGGGGACAUCUCAUUUUCAAGCAACCAACAACUCUGAUAAUAGAUAUGGCUACGCCUCCAAACGAAACCAAUCUAGCCACCGCAAAGACAGUACUGUCCACGGCAGCCUCAGUCGCCGCCACAGUAAUGCUUGCUAGAUCAGUAGCUCAAGAUAUCUUACCCUAUGAAUUCCAUGAUUACUUUCUCUUCAACAUUCGCAAAAUCCUUGGUCGUUUUUCCUCACAAAUCACCAUGGUCGUUGAUGAAUUUGAUGGCUUCGUACACAACCAAAUAUACGAAGCAGCAGAAACUUAUUUGGCCAGCAAUAUCUCUCCAUCGACACAGAGAUUCAAAGUAAGCAAGCCAGAGAAAGAAAAGAAUCUCACAGUCAAAAUGGAAGGAAAUGAAGAAAUCAUAGAUGUGUACAGAGGUGUAAAAUUCAAGUGGAUCUUUGUUUGCAGCCAAGUAGAAUCAAGAAACCUCCACCACCCUUUUGAUCAUAACGCUACUUUAAGAUCAGAAGUGAGGUCUUUUGAGGUUAGCUUCCCCAAAAAACACAAAGAAAUGGCUCUUGAAUCUUACUUGCCACAUAUUGUCAGAGAAGCAGAAUCCAUGGUGCAAGAGAAGAAGACACUAAGGAUUUUCAGUGUUGAUUAUGACAACAUUUAUGGAAAUUUAGCAGAUGCAUGGAAACCAGUUAAUCUUGACCAUCCAGCUACUUUCCAAACACUUGCUUUAGACGCACAACUCAAAGGUACAAUCUUGGAAGAUCUUGAAAGGUUUGUGAAGAGAAAAGAUUAUUACAGGAAGGUAGGAAAGGCAUGGAAAAGAGGGUACUUGCUGUAUGGUCCUCCAGGGACAGGGAAAUCAAGCUUGAUUGCUGCAAUGGCUAAUUAUCUGAAAUUUGAUAUCUAUGACUUGGAGUUGACUGAACUUAGGUGCAACUCUGAGCUCAGGAAAUUGCUUAUUGCCACUGCAAAUCGGUCGAUAUUGGUUGUGGAGGAUAUAGAUUGCACCAUUGAAUUUCAGGAUAGGUUGGCUGAAGCAAAUGCUGCAGAAUUUCAUGCUCAUUAUCCUCCACAAAAACAGGUGACACUGUCAGGAUUGCUUAACUUUAUAGAUGGUUUAUGGUCUAGUUGUGGAGAUGAAAGAAUCAUAAUUUUCACCACAAAUCACAAAGAGAAGCUAGACCCAGCCCUGCUCCGGCCAGGGCGCAUGGAUGUUCAUGUUCACAUGUCUUACUGCACCCCAUGCGGGUUUAGGCUUCUUGCUGCUAAUUACCUUGGGAUUAAAGACCAUCACCUGUUCGGAAGAAUAGAGGACCUGAUUCUGACAGCACAAGUUACACCAGCCGAGGUAGCAGAGCAGUUACUGAGGAGCGAUGAACUUGAGACUGUUCUCAGUGAGCUGAUUCAAUUUCUUGAAGUGCGAAAGAAAGAAAUAACUGAGCAAGAAAAGGCUGAUCAGAAGGAACUAAGGGUUGAUGAAAAAGAAGGCCAGAGUAGAGAUCAAGGUGAUUGUGUUGAAGACAAGAAAGCUAAUGAUGAUGAUGAAAAAGGGCUUCAGUGUCUACUGGGUUCCAAGUAAUAUUCAAUUUCAGUUUUAUCAGACAGUAGAAUUGAAGACUACUACUUGUUUCUUUUUAUCAAUUUAGUCUUUUGAUUGAAUUGACUUUGAAUAGUUAAUUAGUUUUAUGGAAGACACAUGAAGGGGUUUAAAUGUAAUAAAAACUCUACAGGGAUAAUUAAUGUGUUAUAUCAAAAAUGAGUUGAUAAAUAGUAAUUACCCUUUAAAUUCUGA